AUGGAAUUCAAUUUGAUCCAUUCAAGAAUUCCCACUUUAAAAUGUAUUAUAUAAUCUAAUAAUAAAUCAAUUAGAAGCAGAAAGUUCCUUUUAGAGAUAUCGAAAUCCAUUAAAUGAAUUUCAUAAUAAAAGUGAAUCAAAUUCAUUUGAACAUAAAUAAACUGACUUUCAAAUACCUAUUAAUUAAUAUAUGUUUAUAGCUUCAACACCUAUAUAUCCAAUAUUAGGUAAUACUGUUAUUAAAUAUUAGGUGAAUAAAAGUAUGAAUUGAUUGAUUAAUCAAAUUUUUUCCUUAAAAAUAAUAAUCAAGUAGAAUUAAAUAAGAAUGAGAAAGAAGCAGACUAUAAGUUAAAUUUGACUACUUAUGGAUGUAAAAAGAUAUGCUCAAUUGAUUGUUUAUUAAUUGAAAGAUAUUUCAAUCAAAAAUAUUGGGUAUGGAAACAUUCUAUAUUAAGAUAUUUUAAAAUGCUAACAAAAGCUACAAACUUGAUUAAAGCAAAAAGACUAAUGUAGAAUGGCUUAAAGAGAGAUUAUAACAUCGUUAUAGACCUUAGAUUUAUGAGGUUUUUGUGGAAAUAAUAGAAGGAAUUCUAAAUGAAGGAUAAUUAUUGAUGAAUGCUCGUAAAGAACCAAUAAAAUUGUCUAAUUAGAAAGUAUUUUAAAAUUUAGAGAGACAAAUUGGUAAAAGUGUAAAGUAGGAGAAAAGUUUUGAUAAUUUUCUUUUGGAGAUACAGAAAGUAAUUGCUGAAUUUAUAUUUACUAAUCUAAAUUGA